GGAACGCAACGGAACGCGCGACGGUGAGCGAAGAGCGGCGGCCAACGGCCACCCCCCCCCUUCCCUUCCCUUCCCUUCCCGUCCCGUCCCGUCCGGUCCCCUCCGCCGCUCCCGGUGCCCGGUGCGGCCCGGCCCUGUGUCCGCGAGGCACCGCGGGAGCGCGCGGGCGGGGCGGGGCCGGAGCGCCCCGAGGAGAGGGAAUUAGAAGGGGCGUGGCCAUGGGAGGGGGCGUAGUCAGACAAAGGGGCGGGGCGUCACUGUGGGCGGGGCAUCGAGGGGGCGGGGCCUGAGCGCACGUGUGCCAGGGCCUGGACCUCCGUACGUGGGGACCGGGAGGCCCCCCCCGGGGCGGGGCAGGGCCGGUCCCUCCGGUGUCCGGCAGUGGCGAUGUCCCGGCUCCCGCAGCCAGCGCGCCCUGGAGCGGAAGGGGCCGUUUUCCAUCUGUUUCUGCAGCUCCGAAGCACUGCACUGGAAUAAAACCGGGGGAUUCAGGGGGGUUUGGAGCCUCAGACCAUGAGUGGCAGAAAUUAGCGGUUGUACUCGGCUGAUGUGUAAAUACCAGCUCCUCGGGUGAGCUGUUCCUGCUUAGCAGAGCCUGUGUCACAGGCCCCUCUGGAUGGGUGUGCAGAUGCAUUCCCAUGCAGCCCCUUCCACUGAAUUUGCCCACUGAUCACUGCAGAACACCCAUAAUGCUCAACUCCCACCACACACUAAUAGGUACAACUAAGACCUGAAUCCAUUUCGGGUGGACCGCCUGCCUCUUCUCUUUUGCAGUGGUACGAGGGCUGCCGCAGGCUCCCGCGGGCUGCCCAGCGCUGCUCCUGGAUGGCUGCAGGCAGUGUGUCCAUCAGGUGCUGCUGACCAGACAGCUAGCUACCAAGAAAGCUAAAGGUAAAGGGCAGAGUCAAGCCAAAGUGAACAUCAGUGCUGCCCUAGUCGAGGAUAUUAUCAAUUUGGAGGAAACCAAUGAAGACAUGCAGGCAGUGGUAGAAGCUCUGAAAGAAGAUUUAAACAGAAAUCUCAGUGUUAGAACCUCACCAGGGGCCCUUGAUCACAUAAUCGUGGUGACAAAAGAUGGGAAGUUUCCGCUGAACCAGCUGGGGCAGAUCUCACUGAAGUCACCGCAGCUCAUUGUAGUGAACAUGACCAGUUUUCCAGAGAGCACAGCUGCAGCUACGAAGGCUAUAAGGGAGAGCGGCAUGAACCUGAACCCAGAAGUGGAUGGGACAAUAAUUCGGGUGCCAAUUCCUAAGGUAACCAGAGAGCACAGGGAGAGCCUGGCCAAGCUUGCCAAGCAGUCCACCAACAAGUCCAAAGAGGCCCUGAGAAAGGUGCGAAGCAAAAGCAUCAACCAAGUAAAGAAGAGCAAGAAUAAAGUGUCUGAAGAUACCAUCUGGCUGCUGGAAAAGCAGAUCCAGCAAAUGGCAGACAGUGCUGCAGCGGAGAUGGACAAGCUGCUGGCAGCAAAGACCAAGGAGCUGCUUGGAUAAGCACCAUCCAGAUGGACACACUCCCACCUCGAGUAAGAGCGGACUGCAAUGCACCCCAGUGACCAUCCCUGCCCAGAGCAAUGGGCAGGGGCAGCCCUGCCAGACGUCCAGAGCAGCUCUGUGCUGGGCUUCCUCCAACUCUCCGCCUUGGGUUGUACUGGAGGGAGGGGGGAACUCUUGUCACUGUUCUUCAUCCCAGUGGCAACAGAAUUGGGUGAACUAAGAUUAAAAUAAAACAACAGGAAAGAAGAGUAGAGACUGCUGGAAAGGGCUCACACAUGGGAGCUGGGGCACAGGAGGAACAACUGCCCUGCUUACCUUGUGCACCAGCCCUUUUGCAUCUCAGCACCUCGCAGAAGCAAGGACCACAGGCAGGAGAAGCCUGUGCUGUCCUGCUGUGAACCUUGGCAUUUAGUUUUUGCUCAAAAUAAAGUUGAAAUGAGAUGUGGAGGAGCAGCCUGGAA